CAUGACUAUGGGCAACGCUGUAAAAGUCGGGCGGCAAAAAACAGCAUAAAUUCGUCUACGUCUACUUCUUGCAUCGUCAUCCAAACGAAAUUUCAAAAUAAAGCUAUUUUGUAAUUCUUCUAUCAAUCGUGUGUCGUGUGUGGUUGCGAGUCAAUCAGGUUCCUGCCUACCCCGCUUUUUGUUCUACAACUAUUUACUGCUCUAAAGCAAAUCUCGGAUAAUCGUCAUUAUGGCGGACGACGACCAAGCUAAGCUUCUCCAACAAUUUCGAGAGGUUACCGGAGUAGAUGAAGAGAGAGCUAAAUUUUACCUGGAGGCGGCCAACUGGCAAUUACAGGCUGCCAUGGGUGGAUUUUACGAAGGAGGGGAACUCGAAGAAGGUGUGCCUGCUCCAGUUCGGGUGGCAGCUGGAGGGGGAACGAAUAUUGCGACUGGUGGUGCUGCAGCGACGCCAAACGUGGCUCCGCAAAAUUUUGCAACGGUUCCACCAAGGGCACGUCCGACGGCACCGCGUGGUGGCCUUAUGACGAUGGAUGCACUUCUUCACGCCGAGACAGAUUCGUCGGAUGAAGAUGAGGAUGAUAAACCCCAAGCUUUCUAUGCCGGAGGAUCAUUAUCUAGUGGUCAGCAGGUUUUGGGUCCACCGAAAAGCAGGGAUGAGAUGAUUGCGGAUAUGUUCAAGAAGGCGAGAGAGAUGGGGGCUCAAGAAGUUGCACCCCAAAUGUUUAAAAAGAAAAGCAACGAUUCCUUUGGUGGAGCUGGGUACAAACUUGGAGAGGGUGGGUCAUCGUCUACUGGAGCUGCAACCUCCUCCUCCUCUGAAGUGUCUUCACCUCCAGAAGUUCACGACGUCAUUUUACAUCUCUGGUCAAAUGGUUUUACUGUCGACGACGGACCCCUUCGGAGCUACCAAGACCCAGCAAAUCUAGCAUUUCUCGACUCCGUAAAACGUGGCGAAGUUCCUGCUGAGCUGCGACAAAAGCUGACAGGGCAAGAUUGCACUUUGAGCAUUAUGGAUAAGCGAGGACAAGACUAUGAAAAAGGACACACAAGUGCAAAAGCUUUCACUGGAAAAGGACAAACUCUGGGAAGCCCAGCUCCAACUAUUGUGACUGAUGCCGCACCACCAACCGAGAAUGAGAGGAAAGUGAACGAGGAGGCGGCGCGGAGUGGGGUCACUCUUGCGCCCGGCGCGGCCACAACGUCUAUCCAAUUCCGAUUGACGGAUGGGUCACGACUCGCGGCACAGUUUAACCACACCCACACCGUGCAGGAUUUGUACACUUUUAUCAAUACGGCUCGACCCGAGUACUCUUCCACAACAUAUAUCUUGACCCUAUUCCCAAACGUGACGCUAACUGAGAAAGGUGCCACACUUAAGGAUGCCAACAUAUUGAAUUCAUCACUAAUUCAGAAGAUUCAACCACAGAACUAGAAAAUAGGACCGGCAUACGCAUACUGGAUUUUAAGCAACUUUUUUGGUACAUUACUAUUUUAGCAAUCACAUGAUAGUCCAUUUUUAUUCUUGUCCGGUGUCAUCAUAUUGCAGCAUCCGAAUGGUUUAGACAAUUUAAAUAAUUAAUUGAUCGAUGAUGAGAUGAUGAGACUAUUAAAUAAUUAAUUAUUCAAGCAGUUUUGUACACAUAUGUAAAGCUGAAAACAAUACAAAAUUACUGUUUCUCAUUAUAUAAUCUCAUGAUUUACAUACAUAUAAUAUGUAUUCUUUAUCAGGGAAUAAAUCUUGCUCGCACCCGUCCAUAAGCGGUGCGAGCAAGCUAUGGGCCGGUGCGAGCAACAUUUA